AUGGCUGGGUUACUGGAGCUUCCUUUGAAUAUAUUGGGGGAAUUGUUGGAGGUGGUUUGGAAUACGCCGGGUCAUAUAUUAUUGUUGGUUUUGGUGGGAUUAGUGGGAUUGGGAUUGGGUUGUAUAUACAUAUUUCUAUUACUGGUCGCUCCAGUCCCAAGAUCACCCUACCCAUCAGAAAAAUCGUACACAACAACCACUCCUUCAGGAACCACAGAAACGAAACCCCUAAUCUGCUGGUACGACAGCUGGGUUGCGCAUCGCGAAGCCUCCGUUUCGAAAACAAGCCCCUCGACAGAAAACGAUAUCAGUACUGGAUUUAUCGAACCCGCUUCAAUAGAAAUGAGUCUUGUAGUCCCAGCCUACAAUGAAGAAGAACGACUAACAGGCAUGCUGGAAGAAGCUGUAUCCGUUCUAGAUAAUACAUAUGGACGGAUCUCUAAAGGAAAAGGAACAGGAACAGGCUAUGAAAUCUUACUUGUAAAUGAUGGGAGUAAAGAUAAAACAGUACAAGUCGCAUUAGAUUUCUCGAGGAAAAAUAGUCUGCAUGAUGUUUUGAGGAUAGUGACGUUGGAGGAGAAUCGAGGAAAAGGAGGUGCGGUUACGCAUGGGAUGAGACAUGUGAGAGGUGAAUAUGCGGUAUUUGCUGAUGCGGAUGGAGCAAGUCGAUUUACGGAUUUGGGAAAAUUGGUUGCAGGGGCGAAGAAGGUGAUGGAUUCUGAAGGAAGAGCUGUUGCAGUAGGAAGUAGAGCUUGGUUAGUGGGAAGCGAGGCGGUCGUUAAGCGCUCGGCUCUUCGCAAUGCCCUAAUGCAUUCUUUUCACUUACUCCUUCGUCUCCUCACUCCACCAGCUACAUCCUGUAUUCGCGAUACUCAAUGCGGAUUUAAACUUUUUACCCGCGCGGCUCUACCUCAUAUUAUUCCGUAUAUGCAUGCUGAGGGAUGGAUCUUUGACGUUGAAAUGCUUAUGUUGGCUGAGAGUGCGCCGGGGGUUGGAGUUGAGGUAGCGGAUGGAAAUGGAAAUGGAAAUGGAAAUGGAAAUGGAAAUGGAAAAGUGGAAGCAGGAAUAAAAGUCUCGGAACAAGCAAUUGGUUGGCAAGAAGUUGGUGGUAGUAAGUUGAAUGUUAUGUGGGAUAGUUUGGGGAUGGCGUGGGGAUUGGCGGUUUUGAGGGGGGCGUGGGGAAUGGGGGUUUGGAGGAGGAGGUAA